CCAUGUCAGACGCGGCUGUGGACACCAGCUCCGAGAUCACCACCAAGGAUUUGAAGGAAAAGAAUGAAGUUGUGGAGGGGGCAGAGAAUGGAAGAGAAACCCCUGACAACGGGAAUGCUAAUGAGGAAAAUGGAGAACAGAAGGCUGACAAUGAGGUAGAUGAAGAAGAAGGUGGGGAGGAAGAGGAGGAGGAAGAAUGUGAUGGUGAGGAAGAGGAUGGAGAUGAAGAUGAGGAGGUGGAGGCAGCUAUGGGCAAUCAGGCAGCUGAAGAUGAUGAGGAUGAGGAUGUUGAUACCAAGAAGCAGAAGAGCGAUGAGGAUGACUAG